UGAAAGACGCAUAAAUACACAAUUAUUACGAUGAUAGUAUUUUAUCUUUUCUUCUUUUUGAAUGUGGAUGUUUUUGCAUUGAAUAUUACACGUUCUUGCGACGAAGAUCCGUCAAGCAAUUUUUGUCUUUUGCAGAAAUUGAACUCUUUAGAACAGGAACUAAAGACAUCGCAGUCAGAAGUUCAGACCCUGAAGAAGACAGUUGAGACCCUUCAAGCACAAGACACCAACUGUCCGACUGUUGCAUUUAGAGCUCAGCUUACCAAGGAUGUAAACAAUCCUUCUGCAGGUUUCCAUUUCGUUUUUGACGAUGUUAAACUUAAUAUUGGCAAUGGCUACAAUACCCACCACGGCGCCUUCGUAGCACCUGUUUCAGGCAUAUAUUUCUUAAGUUUCCGAUUUACCAUUUCUGGAGGUAAUAGUGGUUCGUUAAUUCGUCUUGUCAUGAAGAUAAAUGGGGAGUUAGUUUCAAACACCAUGAGUGCGUAUGAGUCUCACAUUGUUGCGGAUUCAUACACGAAUAUCAACCAUCUAAAUGCUGGGGAUGAUGUGUGGAUUGAAGUGAAUGAGAAUAAUUAUCCUUUUGUCAUUUAUGGAGAUAGAGCAACCGUUGGACCAUAUUCUGUAUUCGAAGGAUUCUUAAUUACCUGUUGACACACAUAAUGUCUAAGGGAUAACCAAAUAUUGAUAAUGUAGUAAUGCAGUAGUAAUAAUAUUUAUUUCCAAAAGUUAUAGGUUUGCAACAUAAAAUACACAUAAUGUAUAUGGGAUAGUACAUGUUUAUGUGAAACAUUUUAUAAUUUACCAUAUAUAAAUGCUUAUGCUCUCAAAGUAUAUAUUUUCCCAAAUGACAAAGCCCUGCAAAUAAUUCAAACUAAUUACAUUUAUAGAGCCUGAACUUUUUGAUUGGUAUUCGUUGGUUCAUUCCUUUGCAUAUUAAAUGUUCGUCAAU